AGCCCUGCCAGCCCAGGGUACCCCCCGGCAGAGUCUGCCCCUAACCUUGGCUCGGUUUCUCUCUCCCACAGAGCUGACAUCAUGAAGCAGCUGAUCAUUUGCACGCUGCUUCUCUGGGCCCCCGUGGGGCUGGCUGAGGCAUGUCCUGCGGGCUGCCAGUGCCAAGACCCCAAGACCAUUCUGUGUGCGGCCAGACGGGGCCACACUGUGCCUCGGGGGCUGCCCCCCAACAUCCUCUCCCUCUAUGUCUUUGAGAAUGGCAUCACAGUGCUCAACGAGGACAGCUUUACAGGCCUGCCUGCCCUCCAGCUCCUGGACCUCUCGCAAAACAAGAUCACCAGCAUCCAGAGAAACAUCUUCCAGCCCCUGACAGAGCUUGUCAACUUGGAUCUGUCCUCCAAUCAGCUGCAGGAGAUCACCAAUGAGACCUUCCACGGGCUGCAGCUGCUGGAGCGUCUCUACCUGCAAAAGAACAGGAUCCAGCACAUCCAUUCUACUGCCUUUGACACACUGGAGAACCUGCUGGAGCUGAAGCUGCAAAACAACCAGCUCCGGGCUGUGCCUCCCCUCAACCUGCCCAACCUCCUGCUGCUGGACAUUAGCUGGAACAAGAUCUCCACCAUCACACCAGGGGCUUUCCAUACUGUCAAUAUUGAGUCCCUGAAGAUUGCAGGGCUGGGUUUGACAAGCUUAAACGAGGAGCUCUUCCAGGCCCAGAACAACCUGCACGAGCUGGAUGUCUCUGACAACCUGCUGGAGCAUGUGCCGGCAGUGCUGCGGCGACUCGGGAGCCUUACCAAGCUCAGCCUGGCUGGCAACACCCGCAUCUCCCAGCUACUGCCAGAGGACUUCCACAACCUUCACAACCUCCAAGAGCUGGACAUCAGCAACCUGAACAUCAACACCAUCCCUCGGGAAUUCUCUAGCUUCUUCCCCAAGCUUCGGGCCAUGACAGCUGCUGGUAACCCCUUCAACUGCAUCUGCCCCAUGAGCUGGCUGGUGCAGUGGGUGAAUGCCAGCAGCGUGGUCCUCCGGCGGCCCGAGGAGACACGCUGUCACUUCCCUCCCAAAAACUCUGGCAAGCUCCUCCACCAUCUGCAGUACUCUGACUUUGGCUGCCCCACCACCACUACCACCAUCACCACCACCACCACCACCACCCCACGCACAACCACACUGCCACCACCUGCACCAUUCCCCACCAGCAGCCGUCCCGUGUUGCAGCCCAGCACCGCUGCUCCCACACAAGGGUCUGCAGCCCCCCAGGCCAGCUCCACGCUAGUGCCCUUCAGUGGCCCACUGGCUCCCACCAGCCCCCCAUCGCCCAUCUGUCCUCCUCGCACAUGUCUGAAUGGUGGCACUUGCCACCUGGGCACCCAAAACCUCCUAGAGUGCCUAUGCCCAGCAGGCUUUACUGGGACAUACUGUGAGGUGGAAGCGAGGGGGACAACGCCAGCCCUGGCCACACCAGCCCCACCACCUAGCCGUCGGAUCAGCAUCGCACAGGUCAGCAGCACCUCCCUCAAAGUGGACCUGCAGAACUAUAUCCAGUCCAAAGCCCAGCUGAAGGGCAUCCGCUUGAGCUACCGAAACCUCUCUGGGCCAGACAAGCGGCCAGUGAUGCUGCGCUUACCAGCUUCACUCUCUGAGUACACAGUGCGGGCACUGAAGCCCAACUGCACCUACCGCGUCUGCAUUGGGCCCCUGGGGGAGAAACUCUCCAAGGAGGAGCACUGCACUGAAGUUCAGACCUUGCCUGCCAGCCACCAGCAGCACUCACCUGUCACCCAGAGCAAGGACAGCAACCUGGCUCUCAUGAUUGUCCCUGCGCUGGGCGCCGCACUGCUGCUGGUGGUGGUAGUGACUGCUGGCAUGUACUACCGGCGGCAGCGCCAGGCGAAGGCGCAUGCUGGCAGCAGGGUGGAGGCUGGCCCACUGGAGCUGGAGGGGGUGAAAGCCUGCCUGGAGAACGGGGAUCUCAGUGGCCACAGCCACAAGGUACCGGAGGCGGCCAUGCACUCCAGUGAGUGUGAGGUGCCGCUCAUGCAAUCGCACUACCCCAGCAACAACAACACCCCAGGGCUCAAACCCUCCUAUUUCUGAACCAGGUGGGGUGUGGCAGCCAGGCAAGGCCUGGAUGGACAAGGGGUGAGCUUCAGCAACUUGGUCAUGUUCCUCUGGGGUGAGGAAUGGUGAGGAGUUCACCAAAUUAAGGCAGAAAGUCCCCAAACCCAUAACGUGCAAUUUCCAAGAGGCUGCCAGGCGUCAGGAGGAGACGCUUAUGUUCCCAGCAGUGCCUUGGUUUCUGUGACUCAACGCAGAACGUGGGCAGUGGGAAAAGGGGUUUGGGCUUUUAAUGUGGGGUUUGGGUGGGCUUAUUUUAGCUACUGCUAAAAUGAAAGCUGCGGUGGCUUGGCUAAGGGACACCCACGUGCUGGUAACAAGGGUCCUUUAGCGGAACAUGGCCUGUGACUCUCAACUCCCUGGAAGUCGAUGUGAGCAAUCAGGCCUGGCCGAGGUGCUGGGACCCUCGGGGCCCUCCCCAGGCCAAAGGAAGCACCGAGCAGACAAACCGGGAAUUGAAGCUUUAAGAACUCAGAGAGAAUAUUUAUACGUGGUUAUUUCCCAUUUCUUCUGGGAAAACUUUCUUUUUGUUGUCGUUCUAGUACAGGUUUGUGUACAGCUCUUUUUGUAAGGCAGACCAGAAAGAUGCCCUUUUUUUGUAAGAAAAGAAAUUAAAACACCACCAGUGAAAA